GUGACACAGGAAUCGCUGGCUUCCCAAUCUGGAAGACAAACGCAGUAGCGUUGUUAUGAUCACCAACCCAACUCAGCUCCCACAGGGUUGUCUGGAAAACUCAGCAACGCCACACUCUCCUUCCCAAGACCCAAAUGCUCGCCGCAACCUUUGACCCGAACGAGAUGGCGCGCGAGCUAUUAGAAACAGAGCAUAAAACUAGCGCAGAGUUCGAGAGACUUCUUGAAGAGGAGAGGCAGGCAAUUGCCGAUCACCAGCUCGCUUUGAAUUUCUCCAGCUUGAGCAUCGACGACCCGGAAUAUGUACACAGCUCGACCUACGCUACAACCUUGUCAAAUGAUCGCUCCCUUGAAACCGAUGAGCAGUGGGCACGUGCGAAGGAGCUCUACGCAGAGAUACACGCAUAUGAAAUCGCUCCGCAAACGUCACUCAAGCCUAGUAAGACCAGCGAUCACGAUGGAGAAGGAAACGGCGGCGACACAGAACCAGACCAGAAAGAGCAUUUCACUCCGUGUGAGGCGUGUCUCGACAAGACAUCGACCAAAGACACUCUGACUCUCGAGUGUGAGCCCGUGCCUCAUAGUUAUUGCCCAAACUGCGUCCGCGAUCAUUUCACCAUGGCUCUCAAUGACGUUUCGAUCUUCCCUCCCAAAUGCUGCAAGGUUCCAAUACCUCAAGAGGUCUGUGGUACCAUGCUUCCACAAGGGUACGUCAGAAAUCUUGACGUCCAAGUAGAGGAGCUUGCUACACCCAAUCCGACGUACUGUGCCAACAUCGAUUGCACCGCCUUCAUCCGCAUCAAAGAUAUCAGUGCCGAUGUAGACACCUGUGUGGACUGCAACGAGACAACCUGUAUGCAGUGCAAACACCGCGCACACGAUGGACUGUGUCCGAGUGACCCACACGUACAGCUCCUCAUGGACGCAGCGAAGCGAGCAAAGUGGCAGCAAUGUGAGAAAUGUAGGAACAUGGACGAGCUUUCCCAGGGUCGUUUCCACAUGAGCUGCCGCUGUGGUCAUGAAUUUUGCCAUCUCUGUGGUGUACCUUGAAAGACAUGCAAAUGUCCAGAGUGGGAUGAAGAUUUCCGUACUCGCCCUGUUACCCAGCCAGUACCCGCUGAGCAUGACCACGAUUGUCAACGGGUGAACGGCGGGGAUUGUGAGGAUUGCGG